AUGUCUUCCACAGAGAAGCUCGAGUCUUUGCCUGCUGAGGCUACUGCAACUGAAGCCAACCUUGAAUUGGCUUCUUCCAACCCCCCUCGUCCUACCCCAGUUCCCUCAGUAUCUUUGACCGUUGGCGUGGAUGCAGCCGCUUUCGAGACUGCCUCCCAGAUUCUUCAAGUCAUAACCAGAUACAGCCUAAAGCGAUCUACUGACACCACUGCCAAGGCAGAUGAGGGCGUUAUGAAAUAUCUUGCUGUCAUUUACUCUUAUGUCAAGGCUGGCGCUUCAAUUCCGAUGGCGCUCCCAGGCUUCCCAUUCAAGUCUCCCAACUCACAGGAGAAAGUACUGGGCAAGCUGCCUGACAGAGCUGAAGAGCUGUCUCUAGCACAUCUCAACUCAAUCUGUCUUUCCAUCAAAGAUAUUUACCCCCCCGGUGCAAACCUCACUAUCAUUUCGGAUGGUCUAACAUACAAUGACUUACUUGGGGUCUCCGACAAAGAUGUAUGGAAAUAUGGAGAGACUCUGAGAGCCAUUGCUACUGCCAAGGGACAUAAACACAUCAUCUUCUCACGGCUUCAAGACCUCGUUACAAUUACUUUGCCUGAAGAACUCGAUGAAAUGACAUAUGUAGCAAACGCGUCAAAUUUCCGACGAGCACUGCUCAACGGCUUUGGUAGCCCUGACUGGACAUGGGAGACUGCCAGCCAGAGAGAAGACGUCCAAUUAACAUACAAGGGGUAUAUCAAGGCCUUGGGGAUAGACCUCCAACAUAUGUACAACUUCAAAGAUGACGAGAGCGGGACCAGAUUCCGGCAGGGAGUAGAGCACAUAGCUCAACAAAUGCUGGCUCGUGGAGAUGCAUUUGCCAAUGCUAUUGGACAAAAGUACAAAGACUAUGUCCGCUUGUCUAUUCAUGCGUCCACCGGAGCGGCGAAGCUUUCAAUCAACUUGCUGCCUACAGAAUCCAGCUACACAACUCCCUGGCAUUGUGCCGUCGCGUACAAGUUGGAUGGCACAACCACCACGGGUAGGCGGGCCGAUUUCGACAAGGAUGAUUCAUAUGAGCUUGUCUAUGAGAACGAAAGACCUAGUUACUACCGCGAGAAAUCACCUCUGUUGUCGUGGGGCACAGAAAAAGGUGGCGUCGUCUUUGAACCGAUAUAUCCAACAGGCUGGUUUAUCAGACCUACCAACGGUCCCUGGAGCAUGUCAUUAGACGAUGUCAAUGUCGAAAAGGUCCGCUCGUUGUGUGAAAUCAAUUCUCCUGUUAUCCUUCGUGGUUUUGUCAAGAAGCCCAACAAAGAGGAGUUCUCUAAAAAAGCAGAGGAGUUUGGCAAGCCCCUGAAGUGGAACUUUGGUACCCUCUUGGAAGUCAAAGACCGGGGAUCCGAUACACGAGGCCUAAACAAUGUUCUCUCUUCCGAACCGAUGCCUUUCCAUUACGAUGGCGUCUUCAGGACCGUUAGACAGACGAAUGAGAGUGGCGAGGAAGUCCGCGUCUCAACGCCACCUCGAUUCCAGAUAUUCCUUGGAGCAACAUCAUCGCCCAAAGACACCGGUUAUACGCUCUUUGCAUCGUCUACACACAUCUUCAAGCAUCUUCCAGGGUGGUUGAGGCUGCAAGACAUGGCCGCAAUGACCUGGACAGUCUCGACAGACGCGUUUCGCAACAUCAUAAUCAGGGAACUUCCGCUCAUCAAAACGCAUCCAACGACGGGGAAACCGUGCUUGAGAUACCACGAGCCAUGGGGCACAGAGAAGACGGCUCAUCUACCUACGGAUGUCAGGAUCGAUGGGCUUGAAGCAGCUGACAGCGAGGCGAUUUGUGAAGCCAUCAAUACUGUUCUCCAUGAUAGACGGGUCGUUUACUUUCAUAGUUGGGACAAGGGUGAUGUGAUUGUGAACGAUAAUACGCUGAUGCUUCAUACGAGGAGCGAGUUUAUAUCGGGAGCGGAUCGAGAGCUUUGGCGGAUUCACUUUGACUAG